AAAAAUGAAAGCGAAAUCUGUCCAUUUUCACAGCGGCGUUAGGAGUAGAUUGGAAGGAGAAGGCAAGAGUGGAAGGGUUGGCAGCAGAUUUACAAGACUUUGAAAAUUCGGAAAAACCUCGUUUCUGGAGCAGAUUGGCUUAAACACAUUCCCCUUCUUUCAUUCCUCUUACACAUGCCCUUUUCACUGAUUCUUUUCCAUUUUUUGUUAUUGGCACCUAAAGAAAACAGAGAAUACUUUCUUCUUCUUUAGUCUGGAGUGCUUUAGCCAACAACUGUCACAAAAGAGCCAACCUGGAUCAGUUUUAGACUAAAGUAAGUAAGAUGACCCUUGAUACCCACGAGGGUUUUUGAGUUUUUCUUAUGACCCAAUUGAGGAUUUUAGCUGAUUUUGUGAUUUGGAGAACCAUAAUUUGGGGAUUUGGUUGUGUUUAGACUGAAUACCCCAGUCAGAAUCUGGAGGAAAUUUGAUAUUUGCAAGGAUUCAAUCUGUUUAAGUGGACCCUAGUAUGUUCUAGCAGGCCAAAUUAACGUUUUGUAAACAAUUUAGGAGAACUUCCUGGUGAAGAUCUUGUUUGUUAGGAUUUCUGAAGCUUCUGAGGAUUUUGGAGAUGGCUGACGUGCAAGAUCAGUUAGAUAUCAAAUUUCGACUUACCGAUGGGUCUGAUAUUGGUCCUAAAACCUUUCCUGCUGCUACAAGUGUUGCAACUUUGAAGGAAAACAUUCUGGCUCAAUGGCCUAAAGAUAAAGAGAAUGGUCCAAAGACCGUGAAAGAUGUCAAGAUAAUUAGUGCUGGAAAAGUUCUGGAUAGCAACAGAACAUUGGGGGACUGUCAGAGCCCUAUUUGUGAUAUUCCUGGUGGAGUUACAACAAUGCAUGUUGUUGUUCAACCCCAUGUGUUGGAGGAAGAAAAGAUAGCUGGAGAUGAAACCAAGCAGAACAAAUGUCUUUGUGUCAUACUAUAAUCUGCAGCACCAGGAGCAGGGAUGAGGGAUGGCAUCAUUUUUUUGUUCAUUUUUAGGUUUUUUUGGCUGUUGCUUCGCUGCCAACCGAACCUUGAGCUUCAAACUAAGUUCUCUAUUCACUUGAAUUUUGUACAGGCUGAGUGUUGAAGCUGGUAUAUACUAUACAUAAUGAAGAUGGUCCAUUCCAGAUUGAUAAAGGUCCAUGUCCUUGUUGCAGAUCGACAGCACCUCAUUCAUGUAGUUAAUGAUUUUCCAUCGAUUUUGUUUGUUCUGUUCCUUUCCAAUUAAUUAGAUUUCGUUAUUGAGCAAUUGAAUCCCAUGUAUUCAAAAUGCAUUCACCACAUCUGUGUUUAAUAUUUGGAACUUCUCAUGUUUAUCUAUAAAUCGUGUUUUAUCAU